AUGAAGGAGGAUUAUGUGGGAACCAAUAAGGAUGGAGAGAAAGUGACGCUCAAGGCGCAUGGUGGACCGAUCGAUAUCGAGGGGAUUGCAGUUGCGGUUGUGAACGACAGGCUGCAGUUACAGAAGGUGGAGGUGUUCUUUGAUCCUAUGAUGAUGUUCAGGCAGAUGGAGAAGAAGGUUAAUGCUUGA